GGAGAACUUCAACAAAAAAAAAAACUAUUUGUUUGGAAGUGCAUGGAAUUAUUAAUUUAUUUCUCUCAUAAUUCUCUUUUUUGUGUUUUGUUUUGGUUUCGUUUCAUUAUAUGCUCUAUUUUGUGAUACAUUACUUUUGUAUUAUGUGUAUACAAAUAUACAAUAAAAUGGGAAUAUAAAAUUUUGUUUUUUUUUUGUUAUUAAAUCUAGACUUUUACAAAUAUGUGGAAAAACAUUUUCAACACUUCUUUUUAUUUGUCAUACACUGAUAGUAGUGAUUAUGAAAUAUUUGUAACAGACUAUAUAUCGUUAUGGUAUGCAUUUUUCCCUCGAUCUGAUUUGCUUCAGUGUUUAAAGGAAAGUAACAUGCUUCUACAAAUGAAGGAUGAUGUUAUGUUACAUAAAGCUUUAGAUAUACUUUCAAAUCCAAAUGAUAUAAAAAAUGCUGAAACCAAGUUAGAAAAUAACAUCUUAAUCCUUAUCAUGACAAAGCAGUUUGGAUACUUAUUCAAAUUGAAUUUUCAACUUGCAGAGGGUUCUAAAGAAUUGUUCUUUCAGAAGAUAACUCAGCCUAUACUGCAAACAGUUCAAGAACUAAAGGAUAAUCAGGCAGAAUUAUGUGGACUUCUGGUGAAAAAAGAUAAAGAGAUACUAAAAUUAAGGGCUGUGGGACAAACUCAUUCACAUGAAGAAACAGUUGUAUUCAGAGCCGAAGAAUUCCUAUGCACAUAUAAUAAGUACAAUAAUUACUUUGGGGCUCAGAAAAUACCCACUGAAGUGUUGGAGAAAACAGUAAUUUUACCAGAAACUUUUGAAAAUAUAAAACAAGAAAGUAAUAAUGAUAUUGCAAUCAAUAUUAAAGCUGAAGCGGACUCUCAAGCAUCAGAAGCCAUUGUUGAAUUGAAUCUAGAGAGAACAUCUGCUGUGAAGGAAGAACCAGAAAUAAAAUUUAAGAAUGAAAUACUAAUGAGUUCACCGAAACCAAAAAAGAGAGUUAAGAAACUGAAUUUGUAAUAAAUGUUAUGCUUUUUUACGUUAAAGAUUGUACUGGCAGCCCACAGCUUUUUUAAAAUUAUGGUAUUUGAUAAAAUGGAAUGAAUGAAAUACUCUUUAUUGUAUUAAAACCUUUUAUUUUACAUAGAACAAUUAUAACCUUAUUGGAUUGUGCUGGUUCGAUAGUUGUUAUCAAUAAUUGUAUUAAAUUGGAGAUAUUUUUUCUUGUCUAAAAUUGACUUUUUUACCAUUUUUCUGUGAGUUAAAGGUGACUAGUGAUUUCCAAUGUCUAGUUUUAGUUAGUAAGUUCUCUAAUUGUAAUAUUAAUUUAAAUGUAUUUGUAUAAAGAACUAGGGACCCGCCGGACCACCUGUACCAUUACGCAGUACCAUUGAUGGGAAAAAUUGAUGGUACAAAUGGAACUGAUGUAUCCCAUUAGUACCAUUGUACAAACAAUUUUACAAAUGAGCCACAACAAAUUUCCGGGUCUUCUUUGUAACGUAGAAUUUUUAAUGACAUAAUAUUAUUAUGCAUAUUAGCGGCUGGCAUAUACGUAAUUUCGCAGAAAAUCAUUUGGCAUUAUUAUAAUUAUGUAAGCCAGAAUCAUCUUUAGGCAUAAAUUCAAUAUCCACAAUAAGUUCAAAGCCAGAAUUCAUAAAAAAAGUUUUUCCUUGUUCAUUAAUCUAUUAUCUAUGGUGACUGACGCUUCGCCCACUGACCACAGAUACCGAUUAUGCUUAGCGGAAUUAUUAAUUAUUGGAAAUGUAAAAUAAAUAUUCAGCAAGUGUCAAUUUUAAUUAUUACGCAAGUAACGCUAGGUGCCAUACUUGUAUGUUUUUUAAUGGU